AUGGGGGCAGAAAUGCACAGCUGCAGUGUCAAACGGUUCUCCGUCGCGCGAUUGCGAACUUCCGCACCCGCACACACACACACACACACACACACACACAGGACAGAAUUGAUGACGAGGUUGAUUACGCAGAAGGCGCUCACCCAACACGGCCGGAGACAGAAAGUGUAUUGGGCACGAUUCGGAGCGGCAAACCCGUCCAUAUUAAUUCAGUCCUUCCAAACCAUGUCACUUGCCAACGCCGGCAUGUCAUGGGGAAGAAUGAAUGGAAUACGAAAACCUCAUGAAGUGUGCGGCGCUUUCUCGAGACUUCCCCGCCAGCGGUACCGCCUUCUCUGGUGGUUGAGAUAA